AAUAACUUAAAGUUGGGCCUGGGUCGCCCUAGAUUCUCGAUUCUUCAUCCUUUGAGAGAGAAAGGUGUAGGCAAUCGAUCUCCAAAGUCAUCCCUUACCCGGCGUUACUGAAGAAUACGGAGCCCUUGAGAUCGAGGAAGUGGGCUAUUUUGGCGCUGGAGGGGAGAUCUACGACUGUGUAUUGGGUUAUGUGGUUCUGCAGGAGUCCCGUCUGCGCGAGGUGCUGUGCGACAUGAUUACCCUCGCGUGAUCGGAAGCAAAAUGAGAUUCCUCUGUGCAGUCUGUAGCGUUUAAGCCUGUUUAUCAGCGGAGUGAGGUAUCCCGAGCAAGUUGAUCAAAGAGUGAUUGAUAUCUUUGGGGAGAAAAAACAUUUUGAUAGAUCAUCACCCCACUUGUAUUCGAGAUUGGAACAAUACAUUUUUUGAUUCUGUUUUUUAUACGGUGAAACUCUUGUGUAGUCACUUCAGUAGAAAGGAUAUCCAUAUAAAUUUUUUACAAAAGAUUAAUAGAUUUCCUAAACACCAUGCGCCACCUCAUCAAUCGCAUGCUCUGGAAUGGGAUCGCAGCCACCCCUAUUUCAAGAGCCCCACCGCUUUGCUGCGAAAUUCAGAGUGCUUAUGUUUCUCAGAGGCGGUAUGGACUUGUGCCUAUGGUUAUAGAGCACUCGUCUCGAGGGGAAAGAGCCUAUGACAUUUUCUCGAGGCUUCUCAAGGAGCGCAUAAUUUGCAUCAAUGGACCCAUCAAUGACGACACUUCCCACGUUGUCGUUGCUCAGCUCCUCUUUCUCGAGUCUGAGAACCCCUCCAAGCCCAUCCACAUGUAUCUCAAUUCGCCUGGAGGCGCUGUCACAGCAGGUCUUGCUAUAUAUGAUACGAUGCAGUACAUCCGAUCUCCCAUUAAUACUAUAUGCCUAGGUCAGGCAGCAUCUAUGGCAUCUCUACUGUUAGCUGCUGGAGCCAAGGGUGAGAGGCGGUCUCUCCCUAAUGCUACAAUAAUGAUUCAUCAACCUUCUGGUGGAUACAGUGGACAGGCUAAAGAUAUGACAAUUCACACAAAACAGAUUGUUCGGGUUUGGGAUGCGCUAAAUGUGUUGUACUCAAAACACACUGGGCAAUCUGUGGAAAUAAUUCAGAAAAAUAUGGAUAGAGAUUAUUUUAUGACCCCUGAAGAGGCAAAAGAGUUUGGGAUAAUUGAUGAGGUCAUUGAUCAACGACCACUGUCUCUGGUGACUGAUGUUAUUGCUCAAGAGGUCAAAGAUAAAAGUUCAACCUAGAAGAUGACACAUUGUGAUAAUUUCAAAUUAGACUCUUUGCAAGUCUUGCCGAGUAUAAAUGAAUUGCUAUAAGUUGCUCCUGGAGGUCUUGCUUCAAGGGUCUUGCUUCAAGGAAGUACUGAACUUAUAGAAUUGGAUAUUUCAUUUUAUACAAAUGAAGAUACUGGCUAUUGCUUAUGAUCUUGCUGAUUUUUACUUAUUGGUUUUUAAAUUGAAAUUGCUACAAUUGUUUUGCAUUGUUUAUUAAACAUAUGCAUGUGUGUGUAUGCAUGCAUGAUCUCAUCUAAAGUA